UGAUCCUGUUGUCAUUUCUGUUUCUAAGUAGGGAGAACUCUGGAAUGGCUCGUCUCUCUUACAUUCUGUUUUUUGUUUUCUCUUUUCUUUUGCUUCUAAUUCUCUGCUUGGCUCAAGAAGAAAAGAGGUUUAAUCCAAGGUGUCCUCCUUUUGAUUGUGGUUAUCUUGGCAAUAUUGGCUUCCCCUUCUCCAAUCGAACGCAUCCGGAGUGUGGGUUGCUGGUUGUAGAUUACUGCACUGAAAAUGUUCAGAAGAUUCGGUUGGGGAAGGAUGGCCAGUGGUUCAGUAUCACAGGCAUCUCUCAGGAUAAUAUGGUCCUGCUUUAUGACCGUCCUCGUGAAGAACACGCGAAGUAUUGUAGCCGCAAAAGAUCCUUAAAACAUUUGAGUCUUCCCAUCUCUCCUUUUCUAUCUCUUAAUGUGCCCUACAAUCAAUCCCUGUACGAAUGCCCCCGCAAUUACAAACCCCCCAAACAUUUCAGUUCUGCCUGCAAUAAUUCCCAACACUCCUAUAUCUACCAUAGUUACCCUGGUAAAACUUUGCCACCUUCUCCAUCUCACUGCACAGUUAUUAAUUUCCAAGUGAAUAAGACUCAAACAAGUGUUGAAUAUACUGAUUUGUUUGUGGGUGAAUUCGCUCUGGAAGUGAAUGUAACAAAUGAAUGUUUUGAUUGUUUUUCGGCUGGAGGGCAAUGCCAAACUGAUAAUAAGGGAAAGUUCGAUUGUUCUGUAAAGGAAAGAACAGGCAUGGGUUUUCGUUUCUUGUUGUAA